UCAGCUCGAGCUUUCGUAAGGCGCACAGCUCGGGCAUGUUCCAGAGCCGACGUGGAGGGAAGGAGGUUGUGGUCGGUCCGAACUGCUUACCUGCUGGCCUUCCGCCGUCCACUGUGCCCGAGCGUGUGUCCGAAGCCCUCAAAGCGGCACUGGAGAAGGAACCAGACGUUCUUACGGCAUCUUACACCGUAGCUCAGACGAUCGCCAAGACGACCCACCUCACCCUUCAGGGUGACCACCACAGCCCCAAGCUAGUAAUGAAGAAGCCGAGGAGAGCCAGUAAGGCGCCGAAAGAGGUGUCCAACAUCCCCGUGUGGGGCGAAUCGAUCGUUUACCCUUCGCCCCAGGCCGCCAAGGAUUCGCUGACCCAGGAGGAGGUGGAUGAAGAGUACGUUCGUCUCCUUCGAAUCGCCACCAACGCUCAGCUUCAGCUUAUGCUGGAACCGGGUACGGAGCCGUUGUACUGGAGGGUAGCUGCGACAUGCCCCGUCUUUUGGGUUAGGUCGGAAUCAAAGACAAAGGCCGACCUUGACAUUAGCUGUGAUAUCCCUCAGCGCGGCCUUCGGGCGAACAUUCUAGAGACUUUCAGCUCUUCUGGCGACGGAAGUAGUGGUGGUGCGGUGAGGGUCCGUCAUGUUCGAAACAAGCCAUCCGCAACAAGUAACUACAAGGAAGAGGCUCUGUUCGUUAGCACGGAAUGUCGGCGAAUCGUUGGCUCGUUGAUGUUCGACCCUGUCGUAGCAGGCGUUCAGGACGGGGAGGAGGAUGAGGAUGAAGAGGUGUGAUCNAGCUUCUUAGCACUUGUCGGCUGUGCUCAAUAUCAACACCAGGGGGAUCGUGCGUAGCUCCUAAGAUAUAGGUAGGUGGCGAUUGCUCUCUUUUGGGUAUCUGUUUUCGGACGUGUUCGUGUUCUUCGGCUGUGUUCAACUAUCAGUAAAAUAG